UUCAAUGGUUUGCGAUCAAUACUUGGGACGAACAGCGUGCAACGAAUGUUGUCUCGCGAGUACUGUGCAUACUUUUGUGGCGUCUUCAGUUCUCUGACGCUCAGAGUGUUCCAUCUGAUAUACAAUAUAUCUUUUCUGCAUGUAUAUUCAUUUUUCCGUUGCAAAAUCCAUAUUUAUUUAUAUGCUGUGUAUAAAAUACUGCCCUGUAUAAAUGCUGCGUCUUGCGAGGAACGUUAUUGUCAGGGGAAAUAUUGGGAAACUCGUUGACAGUGUGAUCGCUGAAUUUUUCAUCUUGCAGCGCGCCUAGGUGCGCAAUAUUUUUACAAGGACGGCAAAGAUGAAGAGACAAAAUGUCAGAACUCUGUCGUUGGUAGUAUGCACAUUUACAUAUCUACUUGUUGGCGCCGCGGUAUUUGAUGCCCUUGAAUCGGACACUGAGAGAAAACGCUGGGAAUUUCUCUCGGAGAUACGCAAUAAUUUUAUAAAAAAGUACAAUAUUACGCCAGAGGACUACAAAAUGGUCGAAAUUGUUAUAAUGGAGAACAAACCACAUAAAGCGGGGCCGCAGUGGAAAUUCGCGGGUGCCUUCUAUUUUGCCACUUUAGUAUUAGCCAUGAUUGGUUACGGGCAUUCCACUCCUGUGACCAAAUCUGGGAAGGCGUUUUGUAUGAUAUACGCAAUGGUGGGAAUUCCUUUAGGAUUGGUAAUGUUCCAAAGCAUAGGCGAGCGAUUGAAUAAAUUUGCAUCAGUCGUGAUUAGACGAGCAAAGACAUAUCUCAGGUGUCAAAGAACCGAGGCUACAGAGAUGAAUCUCAUGUUAGCGACCGGUUUACUUUCAAGUAUAAUUAUUACGACAGGUGCUGCUGUGUUUUCCAGAUACGAGGGCUGGAGUUACUUUGAUAGUUUUUAUUAUUGUUUUGUAACGCUCACGACUAUAGGUUUUGGUGAUUAUGUCGCUCUCCAGAAUGAUAAAGCUCUUUCCAAUAAACCUGGAUAUGUGAUUUUGAGUUUAGUCUUCAUCCUGUUUGGUUUGGCUAUAGUCGCUGCCAGUAUUAAUUUACUCGUAUUGCGCUUCAUGACAACGGAUUCCGGUGAGGCGCAUCGGGAUGACACCGAGCUGCAAUCUGCUUCGCAUCAUGUUUUGACAUUAGAUGGCGAGGUUGUAGCGGUAAAUGGAAAGCUUCUGGCUGGCCAUGUGCCUAUUAUGCAUGACACGGACGAUUGUGUGAGCGUAUGCUCCUGCACUUGUUUAGGUCUAGCUAAUUCUGAGCUGCUAGAUCCUUCCGGGUAUCAGGGUUACCGACCACCCCCGACUUCAGCCAGUUUCCGGGUGAAACGCGCGUCCGUCUGAUGGAGAGAGUUUCGUCGUCGUAGUUUACGUCGCCGAUUUUUUAAGGCCGACAGCCGAGAAUUGCUCGACAUCGAUGUUUAAAAUUGCUGAUUCCCCGCACAAAACUCCUCAUAAGAGAAUACCGCGCACUGUGAUACAUCCACGAAAAACAAUUUAUAACGUUUGGUAAAGAUUUUCACACUUUGUGUGGAAAGUAAAACUUAAAGAACUGCAAUUUAAAAAAGUAUUUGAUGUUUGAUACGUGUGAUACGUGUCAGAACUCUGAUUGUUGAUUGUUCUACGAAUUCUGGCUAAAGCCUGAAGAGGGAUAAGAGAUAUUUGAAUAAUGCAUUUUUGCUGCAUUUCCUAACAUUACAUUGACACGUAUUCCUGGACAAGUUGAUGCAUUUUGAUAAUUAAUGUUGCUUGACUUUAUGGACAAUGGAAAUAUCCAAAAGGGGGAGGAGGAUUUAGAGAGUUUAAGCCCCUUUCGAAAUUUAUUUUAUAUUUUUUAUUUUUAAUUAUAAAAUACAAUUUUACUUUUAAUUAUGAGCACAGUUUUUCGCAUUAUGUAAAAUAUUAUUUUCUCUUUAUUAAUUCAAAAAAGCAAUGCAUUAACACACAAAAAUUACUGAUGUAUAUGUUAACAAAAUUGACAAAAACCUCCCUCAAAAAAGAAUUCUAGGUUUGCCCAUGCUUAUCUGUAUUGAUUGAAUGUUGGAUGUUACAUGGAUGUUGUACAUAUAACGUGUUACGCUCGAUUUGUCAAGUGAAUAUGACAAGUGAUAUCAUAAUAAUCGUGUCAAUCGGUAAACAGAAAUAUAAAGUGCCGAUUACUUGAAUACCUAAAUAAUAUUUAAAAAAUGGUGUAUUUAAUUAAACCUCAAAAAGAACAACAAGUUAUUGAAUCACGAAUUAUCCAGAAGAAGAAGAUAAUGGCGCAUUUAUAUAUCAUUGCCAAUUAUUAUCAAUGUUGCAUUAGCAUUAGCAUAUAAAAUAUGUGCAUAUAUGCAAAGUGAAGUUGAAGUAUAGAUUGCUUUAGUAAGCUAGAGGUUUUCACAUUUAACAGGGUUGGAUUAGCGUUAUCGCUGUCAUUAUUUUCAUUAUGUAAAAGUUUUUCUUAUUUUUGUUACAAUUAUUAUUUUAUUUUUGUAUUUAUUAUUUAUCUGAGACAAUAUAGUAUUCGGAGUUAUUUUAUAUAGAUUUGUGUUUGCCAAUUAGAAAAUAUUUUUAAGUACACAGAAUAUAAAUUUGAACUCAUUCAAAGUGAAAUAUAUUGUGUUUUGCUGUUAAACAUUUGAGAACCUCUAGUCUAACAGGGCUCGUAUUAUGUCGCAAAAGUUAUACACAGAUAUGAAUAUAAGUACGAUAGAACAAUAGUAUAGAUAUUACCAGCGUAAUAUUAUAUACAUAUUUCCAUAUUUAUAUUUGUAAAAAUUUUGCCUCACGGUGAAAUUUGACGUGGUCACUUGCGUAACCAGAUCAGAAGUAGAUAAGCAUAAAUGUAUCAUGACUAUUUUUUAAAACAUUUACAGAAUAAAAUAAAGAAUGCUAAAAAUACCCGGAAAGACUGAUAGCUUAAGUUACAUCCAGCAUAAUUGCUGCUUGU